AUGGCGCGGAGGGGCCGGCGGCGGCGGCGGGGGGCGGCGGCAGCGCGGACCCGCGGCACGAAACAGAUACCCAAGGAUGUGGCCAACAUUUUUAAUGCCCCCAGCGGCAAUGAAGAUUUUCCAGGGUUCCAAGAUGAUGCUUCCAGACAGAACUUGUUGUCAGAGAACAGCUAUGCUAGUUUUGAUUCCCUGGAGUCUGGAAAAAAGGGAGGCCGAUUUCAGUCCAGAUACCUCACUGAAGAACUGCGGAGGAUUUUCACUGAAGACACAGACUCUGAAACAGAAGCAUUUGAAGGCUUUGCUUCAAAUGAGGUGCAUGUGAACAAGAAAGAAGUUCUGACGGUGGAGUCAGACCUGAGUGAUGAAGAAUGCCCUAAUUUAUUGGGUAAUGAGGAAGAAAAGGAGGAAGUUUCCCCCAAGAGAAGAAGCUUUGGCCUUCGUGUUGCUUUGCAGUUUCCCACCAGAAAGUCAUCUGAGAAGAAAGUGCCUGAACAGUCUUUGUCUGACUUACCUGUAAAGGACAGUGAAUCCCUCACACCUCUUUCAAGAGAAAUAAACUGCAAGUGGUCAGACAAACUAGAGGGCUCCACUUCAGAGUCUGAAGAAGACAUUAAAGAAACACAGGAGGAAACUUCCAGUGCAAUGAUUAAGAGAGCCAUAAAUAUAAAAGAAAAUAAAGCCAUGCUUGCUCAGCUGCUGGCAGAAUUGAAUUCCAUACCAGACCUGUUCCCAGUGAAAACGCCCACCUCAACUCCUUCGAAACAGAAGAAAACCCCAAGGAGGACAUUUUCUGAAGGCCAGAUAGCACGUCGAAUGAACCCAACCAGAAAUGCCCGUCCACCAGAAAAAUUUGCCUUGGAAAAAUUUACUGUGUCGGCUGUCAAAUUUGCAGAACAUAUCCGUAGCUAUAGGCAACAAAACCUCUUGAAGAGACUCAGUGUGCAGGGGGAUUGUGGAGUGCGCAAAAGAAGGAGAUCAUCAAAGUACUCGUCUCAUCGUCCAGUAGAAGAUAUUACUGAAGAGGACUUGGACAACAUUGCAGUCACUGUUAGAGACAAAAUCUAUGACAAAGUUCUAGGUAGCACUUGCCACCAGUGUCGACAAAAGACAACAGAUACAAAGACAAUCUGUCGCAACCAGGGCUGUGGAGGAGUAAGAGGGCAGUUUUGUGGACCGUGUCUUCGAAAUCGAUACGGUGAAGAUGUGAAAUCAGCUCUGCUUGAUCCAGCCCUUGCAGGCCUGGAUCUGUCCUCCUUGUCGUGGGGUGUGCAACUGCAGCUACUGCCGCCGGCGGGACGGGCGCUGUGCCACCGGCAUGCUCAUCCACCUGGCCAAGUUCUACGGUUACAACAAUGUCAAGGAGUACCUGGAAAGUUUACAAAAACAACUGGCGGAUGACAAUUGACAACACUGAGCUCAAGCUGUGCCUGCAACUGGUUAAUAUGUUGAAAAAUUUUGACUUCAAAAGUUUAUUACUCCGUUUUAUAUAAGAUAGAAUUGUUGUGUAUAGUACAUUCAUUUCUGUGUUGGGAACUUUUUGAUUGAUGUGGUCUUAUGCAAAAGAUCUCUCAGGAAAAUGUUUUGGUAGAGAAAUCUACAUGCACAGACCUAUAGGUUAAGUGAAGUGGCACUCUUGAACCUUGAGUGGUUAAUUUUUAAUAGAGCUACCCAAGCACGUGAUAGAGAACUUGAUCAGUUUGAGCAAUAUUUUUAUUUAUAUAAUUGUGCAAGUUUGCAGAAAGGAUGUUUAACAACUACCUUCAAAGCAUCCGUAUCUUUAAAGAAACAAAACACCCUUGUCUACCAACUUGACCUUAAAGAUUCAGUUUUCCAACCCUUGCUUUCUGAACCUGUUAAUCCACCUGUGGUUUAUGGAACUUGUCCCUGCAAAGAAGGAAAGUGUACUUUCAUUUGAUGCCAUUAUAUUCCAACCAAAGCUGAUGCAAUCGACCAGUGGGAGGAUGAUUGUUUUUUUUAUUUUAUUUCAAAGUGCAAUUAUUCACAGAAACAUGAAACUAGAAGAGUAUUUCUUUAAAAAUAUAAAAUAAAAUUUUAAACAUCAUCCCAGUAAAACCAGCAGUUUUUGUGUAGUGCAUCUGCUGCCUGAACCAUCUGGUCUAAAUCAGAGUUCAGGAUUAAUUUUUUUUUUGCUUACAGUUCAUACUUAGAGGUUUUUUCAUUUGUACAACCAGGCUUUUGAACAACUUUGUUUAAAUGCAACAUGCCUGUA